CUUCGUUAAUCAUAUCUUUCAAUCACCAAUAAUCCCCACCUGUUUUGCAGUGUGACUGUAUAUGGUACCUUUCAAGUCUUGGUCUUUUUGUUUAAUCAUUAUCGGAUUCCUACAAAAAGUAGAUCGGCACAUGCAUAGUACAAAAUAUGUAAUAAAAGAGAACGUAAACGUGAAUCACAUGUACUAUGACUUGACCGUUGAAACAAAAUUGAGGUUAGGUUGCUGAAGAUCGAUGUAAUAAUUGAAAUAUACUAACCAAUUUACACACACACACACACACACACUAGCUACUCCUCCACCUCCUCCUCCUCUCUCUCUCUGGAUGGAAAUGAAGGACUCUUCCUUGAAGGAGAAGGUGGUUUUAUGGGCUUAUGUUUUGGUCCUUUAUGGAGUCGUGAUCAGCUGCUGCUUCAAAACAGCAUUAGGGAUGUUCAUCUCCCGUGAUUGCCUUUACAAAAUAUGCUCCCCUUAUGCCGCUUAUUCCUCUCCAUUCAAUUGUACCAACCGAGUUUCUCGCCCAGACAGUUCUACUGUAAAUUAUAUCCUUAGGCUUCAACCUUUAUCAACAGCUGAUAACGGGUUCUAUUGCUCAAGUGACGUGGUUAUGACAUUCAGAGGGUUGAUUAAAUGCAAUUGCUCCGUUGCCAAUCGAACUUUACGUGUUGCUUACAUUGAUUUCUCAAAUAUGAAUUUGAAUGGCACGUUGCCCAAUUCUAUUGGGAAGCUUACUUACCUGUAUCACUUUUACCUUAGUAUUUGUGGAGUAGAGAAUAAGGGUGAUGAAAUAUUCCAAGUAUCCCUUAUUCUGUACUGCGAAAUAAUUUAUAUGCCUCAAAUUAACAAUAUUCCUAAUUGGGAAUUGAAUGACAUGCUAGUGAUUAGAGACUUGAGUGGAAACCAACUUUCUGGAUUGAUUCCCCCAUCUUUGACAAACUUGACGCAGCUUUCAUAUCUUAAUCUUUGCUACAACAACUUGGAAGGACCUAUCCCGGCUUUCAACGGCACAAACAAAGCAUUGCAAAGCUUAUAUUUGUGUAGCAAUCGUUUAAAUGGAUCUAUUCCCGAAGGAUUAGGUCAAUUGUCAUCACUUCUGUAUUUGAAACUACAAGAUAAUCAGAUACAUGGUUGGAUACCAAAAGAAAUGGGAAAUCUUAAAAGUCUCGAACAGUUGUAUUUAAGGAACAACAAUUUCUCUGGUGAGUUGCCGGAAAGCAUCGGAGAACUCAAGAAAUUGCGAUAUAUUAACUUCAAUGGAAAUAUACCAGAUGCAAUAGGCCAACUCCCAGCCCUUCGGAGUUUAUGGCUGGGUGGAAACAAUUUUUCAGGACCUUUGCCAAAAGCGUUCUCAUCACAAGAAAUUUUUUCCCUGACUAUAACUGAUGUAUCAGGAGGCGGAAGAGGCAAUUCAUUUCCGGAUCUUCGAAGUUUAAAAAAUUUGAAAUUCUUGACUCUAAGGAACUGCUCACUCACUGGUUCAAUUCCUACUUACAUAGGGCAGUUGGUAAAGCUAACUCAGCUGGACUUGAGCUUCAACGAGUUGAGUGGAGAUAUUCCAUUAAGUUGGCCCAAAAAUUUCAGCACACUAUUUUUAAGGAGCAACAAAUUAAAUGGAUCGCUUCCUUCAUGGGCUUUCAAUGGGACUAAUGGAAUAAACGUAGACGUUUCGGACAAUCGUCUCUUUAAUAAUGCAACAGUAUUUCCGAACGGAACCAUAUCCAGUGACAAAAACUUGUUUGCCUGCUGCAUUAAUUCAAGUGAUGUGAAGAAUAAGUGGCUAGACGUCAAUUAUCAGUGUGAAAAUGACUUUGCAAAAUUUGAUCGCGUAUACAUCAAUUGUGGUGGGAAUGAUACAUAUAUAGAUGGAAACUACUAUGAAUCCGAUCUGAACCCAGAUGGGAGGUCAACUUUUGUGUUGAGCAACAAUUCAGCUUGGGGUUAUAGUAGUAUGGGAUCAUAUAUUUAUGCAUCGAAUGAUCAGUACGUUUUCAGUCAGACAUGCAACGUUUCCAAUAUAGCCGAUGCUCCUCUUUACACUGGUGCCAGAGUGGCUCCAAUUUCACUGAAAUAUUAUGCAUUUUGUUUGAGAAAUGACAACUACACUGUGAGACUUGAUUUUGCUGAAAUUGGUUGGGAUCCGGCUAGCAUCCUUCAAGGGAGACGAGUCUUUAAUGUAGAUAUUCAGGGAAAAAGAGCAUUGCAAGAUUUCAACAUAGAAGAACAAGCUAAAGGCAUCUACCGAAACGUUUCAAGGGAGUUUCCUGUAGUUGUUGACAAAAAUAAGCUAGAAAUUCACUUUUAUUGGUCUGGAAAGGGAUCUAUUUCUGUUCCUCUUUAUUACGGUCCACUCAUAUCUGCUAUUGCCGUAUCUGCUGUUCCGAAACCGCCCAAGAGACUUUCAGCCCUAAGUAUUGGAGCUAUUGCCGGAUCUUCAUUCAUCUUUGUGGGAUUGAUCCUAGCUUUGCUUUGGAUGUUUGGUUUGAUUGGUGGAAACAAAACAAAAAAGGAUGGUGUGGAAUUGUAUCCUGGAGGUAUUUUCAACUUUCAAGAAAUAAAGACGGCUACUAAUAAUUUUGAUGCUACAAAAAAAAUUGGUCAUACUGGGAAUGUUUAUAAGGGUAUGCUAACAGAUAGUACUGAGGUAGCAGUGAAACAACUUAGUGUGAAGUCAAAACAAGAAACUCAUCAAAUUAUAAAUGAAAUUGGGAUGAUUUAUGCACUCCAACAUCCAAAUAUUGCAAAGCCAAUGGGCUGUUGUGUGAAAGAAAGGCAGGUCCUACUUGUCUACAAUUACAUGGAAAACAUCUCACUUCAACAUGUAUUAUUUGAUUCAGAUGAUGAAGAAGUUAGAUCAAAACUGAAUUGGCGAGCAAGGUUCAAGAUCAUUCUUGGCAUGGCAAAGGGUUUGGCAUUUCUUCAUGAAGAGUCAAAACUGGAUAUUAUACACAGCAACAUUAAGCCCACAAAUAUACUUUUGGACAAAGAUUUUAACGUAAGGAUUUCCGACUUUAGGUAUUCCGAGCUUCAUGAUGGCCAAUCUAAUAAAGAGGAAACUACUUUUCGCAAUAUGCCAAGAGCCAAAGACACGGGACAUAUGGCACCGGAAUAUAUGCAAGGCCUCCCAUUAACACCUAAAGCAGAUGUCUACAGUUUUGGACUUGUGACACUCGAAAUCAUUAGUGGACUACCUCAUAUCAUCGUCAAAGCGAAGGAAGACAUCCAACUCCUUAAUACGGCUUAUAAAUACCAUGAGGAAGGUUGUCUAGAAGCUUUGAUUGAAACAAAGCUAAAUCAGAGCAAAGACUAUAAGCACAAUGAAGUGGUUACCAUACUGUAUUUGGCAAUGCAGUGUGUGAGUCCAAGCUUUGAUCUCAGGCCUGCCAUGUCUGAAGUUGUUCAAAUUCUUGAAGGAAAGAAGAAAUUCAAAGGCAAACGCAUCAAUCCUUCACCCGUGAUUGAGUCAAGUCCUAAUGUGGUGACCCCAACUUCAGAAUCCAGUGCCAAAUCCGAACUCAUUUCUGAGGAUGAAUCUUCAACCAUCAAUUAA